ACAAAGUCUUAUCGUGAUAACACACUCUUUGUUGAAACGUGAAAAAUUCAAGAAAAUGCAUGGUCGCCUGAAAGUUCGCACCAGUGCCGAGGAAGCUGCCCGGAAGCAGAAGGAACGCGAGCAAAAGGCAAAGGCCUUCCGCGCUGGAAUGGGCCGAAUUCUGUUGAAGAAAGUGACCGACGAACUGGAUGACGAAAUGAUGCAGCUAACCGGGAAGAUCCUGUCCGCGAAUCCGGACAUAGCUACGCUGUGGAACCUUCGGAGACGCUGUAUUUUGAAGUUUGCCGAAUCCGAUGGGGAGAACCAAAAAUUGUUUGAAGACGAUUUAAGAUUUACGGAAAUGUGCCUACAGGUGAAUCCAAAAUCGUACUGCGCUUGGCACCAUCGCUGCUGGUGCUUGGAAAACUGUCCUUCCCCCGAUUGGCAGAAGGAAGUCGACUUGUGCAUCAAAUAUCUGAAAUUCGAUGAAAGAAAUUUUCACUGCUGGGAUUACAGGCGCUACGUGACGGAAAAGGCGAAUGUCCCUCUGAGCAAGGAGCUGGAAUUUUGCACGGAGAAAAUACAGAACAACUUCUCCAACUAUUCCUCCUGGCACUACCGAAGCAAGCUACUUCCAAUUCUCUAUCCGAGCAAAGAAGACCCUUCACGACCAAUCAACGAGGAGCGUUUGCUUGAAGAGCUGGAACUAGUUCUGACGGCAGCAUUUACCGAUCCUAACGAUAGCAGUGCAUGGUUCUAUCAACGUUGGCUUCUGGGCUAUUCCCGUCCGGAGUUGGACAUUGCUGCUUUUAGAGUAGAUGUAAGUCGAAAGCUAGCAACUGUUGCAUUUACUCGACCUGUGAAUUUGAAACACGAAAAAACUAAGCUCAGCUUCAGCUUUAGCAAUCAAUUAGGAGAAGACAACUGGCAAUCUGCUUCGCCCGACGAUAGCUACAGCAUUACGUGGUUUCUCAAGGACUUCGAGCUGGAAUUGGCGGAUCAGCCAACUUAUUCUGUAACAUUCACCGAUGAAGAUGGCAAAUCCUACUCGCUGGAAGCUCAAAAACUAUCCCAUCAAUGUUUAAUAGCCAUCCGGAAGCCUAAGUGCGGAUACGAAUUCGGCACUGCAGUUCUUGACGUAUUGAAAGCUCAACUUGCCAACUGCGAGCAGUUAUUGGAAUACGAACCGGACAGCAAGUGGACACUUCUCACGGCAUCCCUGUUAAUGAAGGCCGUCGAUCGCACUGGGAACCACGCUAGGAUCUUGCAGCAUUUGGAAAAGCUACAAAUCGUAGACCCGAUGCGGAUGGGCUACUACCAGGACAUGAUGAACAAGUGGAGCGUUGAGUUGAGAUUGGAACGGUGGCUUGAUGGGGAAAAGCCGCUGGAAAAGUUGGAUUUGAGUGAGCUGAAGUUAAAUCGGUUGGCCUAUGAACAGUAUCUGGCAGUGGUGGACGAGAUCGAUCUGAGUGGCAACGAACUGUUGGAGCAAAGCUUGCAAAAGUGCUGCCAUUUGGUGUUUUGUCGAAAGCUCUCGCUGGUGGGUAAUCCCACUUUGCCGAAGGAGAUAGAAACGACCGUCAAGCAGUUCUGUGUGAGCCUGGAGACGCUGAAACUAGUCGAGUAAAGUUUGAGAUAUUCGGUUUGAGUUUAGGUGGAUAGUGAUUAAUAUACAAAGGGGGACUUUUUUGCAUGCUUUUAAGCCGCUUGCUUGCAAUGUGACGGAAAC